CGGGCGUGUCUCUCUAUCUGAAUCAUAUAAAUAGUUGCUGGUCGCCAUGGGAGUCGGCUCCUUAUUACUCACUGCGGUGGUAGCCCUGAUAGGCUAUCUCUUUUUGAGAUUGCGUCGUAAUAUGCAGCAUUGGCAAAACUUGGGCAUUCCAUGCGAAGAGCCCUAUUAUCUGAUGGGCAACUUGGCGGGCGUCCGCACUAAGCGAGCAUUCCCAGAUAUUUGGAUUCAUUAUUAUAACAAAUUCAGAGGAACGGGACCAUUUGCCGGAUUCUACUGGUUCCAACGUCCAGCCGCAUUCAUCUUGGAGCCUUUCUUGGUUAAGCAUAUCCUUAUCAAGGAUUUCAACAAGUUCACGGAUAGAGGCUUCUUUCAUAACCCCGAGGAUGAUCCGCUGUCUGGUCAGCUGUUUCUGCUAGAUGGUCACAAGUGGAGAUCUAUGAGAAACAAGCUAUCAUCAACCUUCACAUCCGGCAAAAUGAAGUUCAUGUUUCCGACGAUUGUAAAAAUUGGUCACGAGUUCGUAGACGUCUUCGGAGAAAUGACAGCCAAGUCUUCGAUUAUUGAGGUUAAGGAACUCAUGGCUCGAUUCACAACAGAUGUUAUCGGUACUUGUGCAUUUGGCAUUGAGUGCAGCAGUCUCAAGGAUCCGGAAGCGGAAUUCCGAGUCAUGGGUCGUAAGGCUUUAACCGAUCAACGUCAUGGGGCCUUGGGAAUUGCUUUUCUCAACAGUUUUCCAAACUUGUCAAGACGCAUUCAUUUGAAAAUGACACCAGAGUACAUUGAAAAGUUCUUCAUGCGCAUUGUAAGAGAAACUGUUGCCUACAGAGAGGAGAACAAUGUUCGACGCAACGAUUUCAUGGAUCAACUGAUUGACUUGAAAAACAAUCAAUUGAUGAAGUCCGAAACGGGUGAGAGUAUGAGUCUUACGAUUGAAGAAAUAGCUGCCCAGGCUUUCGUCUUCUUCGCCGCCGGAUUUGAAACAUCUUCCACCACCAUGGGAUUUGCUCUAUUUGAAUUGGCUCAGAACGAGGACAUACAAACCCGGUUAAGGGAGGAGUGCAAUGAGGUACUAGCCAGGUAUAAUGGAGAGCUAACUUAUGAAUGUAUCAAGGACAUGGAGUAUUUGAACCAGGUCAUAUCGGAAACCCUUCGGCUAUACACGGUUCUUCCAGUCCUUAACCGCGAAUGCCUAGAGGACUUUGUCGUACCAGGAUAUCCGAACUAUGUGAUCAAGAAGGGAAUGCCAGUGCUAAUACCCUGCGGCGCUAUGCACCGUGAUGAAAAGUUCUAUCCUGAACCAAAUCGAUUCAAUCCAGAUAAUUUUAAAGCCGAACGAGUGAAGAACCGUGACUCGGGGGAAUGGCUUCCCUUUGGGGAUGGGCCGCGCAAUUGCAUUGGAAUGAGAUUUGGCGAAAUGCAGGCUCGCGUUGGUCUUGCCAUGCUUAUCAAAAACUUUAAGUUUUCGGUAUGCGAUAAGACAAUUAUACCCAUUAAAAAUCACAAGGAGAGCUUCUUGAUAGCCAGCGAAUCUGGUAUAUACCUGAAAGUGGAGCGUGUUCAAGCCUAGUUUAAAGAAAACACUUUAAAUACUAUAUUUAUACUAGUUUUUUUGUUUUGUGCUAACACGUAAUUAUUUUGUGUGUACGGCUGCUUCAUGUAAUUUAUGAGAUUUUUUAGAAAUGGUUGAAUUAAGGCAGAACUAAUUUUGAUUCUAAUACAAUGUUUCCGUAACAAUUAUUCAAGUUUACAUCAUGCUUUCAUAAACAUAAUUUUUUAUUGUAUAUACACAAUUUAUUUGUUAUUACAGAGCCAGUGGGCUUGGCAUAUCUAAAGUUCACUUAUGCACUGAAUGUGUAUAGUGGGAUGCGUAAAUAUUUAAUUGUUAAGCUUUCAAAUCUGUUCUCCCUGAUUCUGUCUCUCCCUAUCUCUCUCUUUCUCUCUCUCCCUAUCUCUCUGGUUGGAAUAACAAAUGAUUAUACUCGAGAAUAUUGCGUCAUUAUUUAGAUUGUAUAUGUGAAUUUAACAUAUAUAAACAUAAUUUGCAAACCAGUUUUGUGAUUGUACUUCUUUCUGCCUUAGUUAUUGGGGAUUG